AUGAGGAGGUUUCUGUCUCAGAUUCUCUGCAUCGCUGUAGUUGUGCUCUGUGCCGCUGAUUCUCCUGCCGUCAGCGAGGAAACACUGAAAAAGCUGUCUGCAGCUGGAGAGCAGUAUGUGGAUGAGGAGAUAAAACAAACUUUACUUGGAGUGAAGCAGAUGAAGGAAAUGAUGGAGAAGAAAGAAGAGAAGCACAGACACCUGAUGGACGCCCUGAGACACAGCAGCGACAAGAAGGAGGGGGUGAUGCAGCUGGCCAAAGAAACAGAGCAGAAACUGGAGGAAGCUGAACAGAGAUGUCGAGAUUUGACCAAAUCUUCCUUUGGGAAGUGUCGACCUUGCCUGGAAGAUUCCUGUAAGGCCUUCUACACGUCUACAUGUCGCCGUGGCUUCGCUUCUUUCUCAUUUAAGGUCGAGGAGUUUUUUAGGAAAAUGGCCACCCAGUUGGACGCUACAGAGCAUGUUUACAAUCAAAACCAGGAGAGUUCAGAUGGAACCUCGUCAGCUGAGAUCACAGAAGAUAGAUCCCAUCUGGAUCUGUCCCAGGCUGAAACGUCGUUCAGUCAGCUGUCGUCGAACAUCAGCCUCCUGUACGACCGCAGCAUCUCCGUGGUCCAGAGGAUGCAGCAGGUGUUCGGUCGUUCCUUUCAAGCCGCCUUCACCUCAGAGCUGCAGCCCGGCCCGCUGUCAGCCAUGCAGGGGGAACCCAGCGCCGGCUUCCUCAGGACCGUGGGUUUGGAUCACGUCUUCGACUCGGUGUUUGACUUUGGGAAGAACGUGGUGGAGAAAUUCAGCUCCACGGUGGCUGAUGCGUUUGAGGAGAUGCAUGAAGCUGAAGAGUAUCUACAACAAGAUACAGGUUCCCUUCCUGCUUGGGGAGCGACUCCAGGCGGAUAUCUGUGCAGACAACUAAGGAGACAAGCAUCAGAGUGCUGGCAGCUGCAAGUCUUAUGCGAGACAUGCAAGGAUUAUCUGCUAAAAGAGUGUCCCAGUGUGCAGCAGUUGCACUCUGAGACGGAGGAGAUGUACAUGCUGCUGAACGCCUCCCGUCAGCAGUACGACGACAGACUGCAGCUGGUCCAGAGACACACAGCCGACACUCAGAAGUGGCUGAGCAGCAUGGAUGACAAGUUCGGUUGGAUCAGCCAGCUGUCCAACAGCUCAGUGGACCCACAGCACAUCUUCAGAGUGAUCACGGUGAAUUCGCAGCCACAGAUGAAGAAUAUCAAACCUAAAGCAGACCGCAGCGUGGUCGUCUCCAUACUGGACUCAACCCCGAUAACCGUACUAGUCCCAGCAGAUCUGGAGGUGGAUGACCCUGCUUUCAUCCAGUAUGUCGCUCAGGAGGCUCUGACACUUCAUAAACAGCAGAUAAAAGGAAUGGAGUAAUGUGACCAUCUGAUCAUCCAAACAGUUUCUCCAGAUGCUGAAUAAAGAGUUCAGUGACGUCCAGGUUUUUUGAACAACUAAGCUUUAUCUUUUCAAAACUUGAAAAUGACCGCGUAGACCUCUAAACUCU